GCCGCUCGCCGUCGUAGAGUGAAUGACGAGCUGUGGCGCAGAGCCCCCUGCCCGCGUGCGGCUGACCCACUGACAGAGCCAGACAGACAGGAGCGAGCGCUUGCGGAGCCGCGCGGCUGGAGACUCCCACUCUGGAAUACCGCUUUCACUUGCACUUGGCGCUUACCGGCUGGGCUCAGACACUUUUAGCUGGUCCCGGUUGCUUUUUUUCCUCUUGGUCUCCCCCCCUCCUCCCCGUUUUCGUUCCCGGCAGCCACAAUGCCGCUGAAUUCCAGCCUAUCGAGUAAAAAUUACGACUACGACUACGACUCCAUCCAGCCUUAUUUCUACAUUGACAACGAUGACGAGGAUUUCUACCAGCAGCAGCACAGCCAGCUUCAGCCCCCGGCUCCCAGCGAAGACAUCUGGAAGAAAUUUGAGCUGCUCCCCACUCCUCCCCUCUCCCCGAGCCGGCGACCCUCUCUCUCCAGCCUGGUCCCUUCCACCGCCGACCAGCUGGAGAUGGUGACCGAGUUUCUGGGGGACGACGUGGUCAGCCAGAGUUUCAUCUGCGACGCGGACUACUCCCAGUCCUUCCUCAAGUCCAUCAUCAUCCAGGACUGCAUGUGGAGCGGCUUCUCGGCGGCCGCCAAGCUGGAGAAGGUGGUGUCGGAGCGGCUGGCGUCCCUGCAGGCUGCUCGGAAGGAGGCAGCCUGCGAGAUCCCGGGCAAUAAAUUGAACGCCACCUACUUGCAGGACCUCAAUACCUCCGCGUCGGAAUGCAUUGACCCCUCCGUUGUGUUCCCGUAUCAUAUGAGCGAGAGCCCCAAAGCCGGCGGCACCUUGGCGCUGCCCUCGUCUCUGGACACGCCGCCGGGCACGAGCAGCUCGAGCGGCAGCAGCAGCAGCGGCAGCGACUCAGAGGACAACGAGGAAGAUGACGAAGAAAUCGACGUGGUGACGGUGGAGAAGAGGCACAGCAUCAAGCGAUCGGAAAGCAGCGAGUCCGGCGUGUCCCACAGACCUCACCACAGUCCCUUGGUGCUGAAGAGGUGUCACGUCCCCAUUCACCAACACAAUUACGCGGCCCCCCCCUCGACCAGGCACGAGCAACCGGCGGUGAAGAGGAUAAAGCUGGAAACCAGUACCAGGGUCCUCAAACAAAUCAGCAACAACCGCAAGUGCACGAGUCCCAGGACAUCGGAUACAGAAGACAAUGACAAGAGGCGGACUCACAAUGUUCUGGAGCGGCAGAGGCGGAAUGAGCUCAAACUGAGCUUCUUUGCGUUGAGGGACGAGAUACCCGAGGUAGCGAACAAUGAAAAGGCACCCAAAGUUGUGAUCCUCAAAAAGGCAACUGAAUGCAUCUUCAGCAUGCAAGCAGAUGAACAGAGACUCAUUUCCCUGAAGGAACAAUUAAGGAGAAAAAGCGAACAGUUGAAACACAGGCUUGCACAGCUCAGAAGCCCUCAUAUAUAAGUCCUUAUAAAAGGACUCAGGACAGUUUAGUGUUUUAUAUGUUAGAAGGACUGCUGUGUAUUAUCUAUUGCAUGUAAAUGCAACAAUUCAAGACUUUGGGGGGUGGGAGGGAUAGAGGAGGGAGUCCAAACUACACAACCUUGGUGGAGAUCUUUGAAUCUCUGCCAAAAAGUUAAACUGCCUCAGCUGAUGUGGAGAGGAGGUUUUUUUUUUAAAUUACAAAUUGUUUUUAAGUAAUAUUUUUCUUAAAAAAAAAUAAAAUCAUGUAAAAAAAAUUUCUAUAUAAAUAAACAUUUUCUUGAAAUGUUUUUUUUAUGUAAGCCAUCUGCAAAAUUUGCAGACUAGAAUACUUGGGGUUGGUUUCAUCAGACAGCAUGUGGCUUGUGCCAUAAUUGUUCUUUUGAUUCUGAAUCUUAUUUAAAUACAUGUCUUUAUGAACCUUGAAGUGAUUUGCUUGGUUUUAAUUGUACACCUUUUUGGUUUUCCGAGUUUCCCUUUGCCUUUUCCACUGCUUAGAAAUCUUUCCCUUCACUGACUGGUUUGGGACGUCCUGCUUCUGAAGGUUGCAGCGCUUUGCAGUGUAGAUCAAACGGUAAAAUUGCUUUAUAGUCCAGGAGCAAAAGCUGUACUGUACAUAAUCCACUUGACCGCACGGGAUUUGUAGCAGUCAUGAAUCGUUUUAAGAAUGUGAUCUCAAGGCACUGCUGCAUCAUCCUGUCUCCCUUUCCCUCCUUUUACAAAGUUCAAGUUCCUGAAGGGAUGUAGUUUCAUCUCUAGUUACAUGCAACCUUUUUAUGGUGGUAGAUUCUACUAUAAGUAGAGACAUUAACCUUAAUUUCAAAGUUUCUGCACUGAUUUAAUUGACAGCGUACCUCAAAACCAUUGUAAAGCCAUAAACUGAACUCAUAAUGGUCGAGAGCAGUACAGUCCUCUGGGAACGGCCUUGAAGAGCCCUCCCUUACAUUCAAAUCGGCAGACUUCCAUGUGUUUUAGGAAUGCAAGUGUCCUCUGUAGUGUAGCUCACACUCAUACGUGCGCGCACACACUUGAGUUGCGUCUCAGUAACUGGAUGUGCUCCUCUCUUCCUGGUGCCUUUUGUAUUAGAAAAGCAUUUUAAAUUUAGGCUUUCUGAGAUGUCCAGCAUUAAAUUCACUAUAACAGAGGAAAGUGCCGCAAUCGUUUUUUAGCUUACUGAAUGCAUUUUCUUCAAGUAUUUCACAGUAAGUACGUUUAGUUUGAGGGGCAUUACCAAGUUGGCACUACUCUGAUUUUUAAUGUUUUAUCUGUCUUGUGAAUUGCAGGCUUGUUUCUAAGGUUAUUGAAAGCACUGUAAUAUCACCUUGUAGGCUGCCUUUGAAGUACUAUGCAAUAAUGCAUAGUUGGUAACGUUCCUUGGAUGUAUUUGCUUUGCAAUGCGUAUGAAGGAAUUGCCUUCUAUAGGUUUAAAGAAACGUGUGGCACUUCACAAAGCAGUGAAUGUAUACUUUGAUCUAUGCUUUGAAUUAAGGUAAUUGAGAUUAAAAUGUGGCAUUAUUCAGUGGCUACUUGGAAUUGCAGGUCUCGUGCAGAUUGUCUCAUGACUGCUAGUGACUUACUAAAAAUGAAUGUUUAUGGCUUUUAUAACCUUAACUUGAGGCAAAGAUGUGGCCUGUUGAUACAGUGGCUGUUUAUUUUGGGACAUUCCUCAGUCUGGGUGUGGUACAACAUCACAGUGUGCGGCAUCACCGUUAGGCUUUUACCCAUCAGUAACUUUGUUUUGGAAAUAGUCUUAUAAAGGUUUUUAAAGGUCAAGUACUGGUUAGAGUGAGAUGUUGAAAAGUGCUUCUGGUAAAAUACCUUCCAUCGUUCUGACUAGUCUGAAGCUUUAGAAGGUUUUUUUUUUUAAAAGCCUAUGGAAAUGGUCUCCUCAGUCUUACCAAAUACAAUUUUUUAUUUUCUCUUAGUUUGUUUAUUCCUUCUAUGGAACCUUCACUUUCCUGGAAGUGAAAACUGGUUAGCAAAUUUCCUCAGUGAAAUUAGGUAAAAAGGAAAAAGUGUAGGUUCCUUGUGAAUCACUUGUAGCUUAAUCUUCGGAUAUUUACUGGUGCAAACAGUGGAAUUAUGUAGUGAAAUUGUUUCAACGCCUUGUGAAACAAUACGUUCAUGUAGCCUCCUUUUGUCAUUUUUUCACUUUUGGGACCAGGGAUUGCAGAAUGUCAGAAUUAUACAUCAGGUGAAUCUUGACAGUUUGUUAAAAUCCUAGAAAAUUUAGGGGUUCAUUUUUUUUUCUCUAGUUAACGUGAGCAGUGCUCUAAACUAAACUAUAAUGUGAGAAACAAUUAUUUAAGAAUUCCGCAAUGUUCUGCAAAAAAGAGUUUUGUCUUUCUGGUUAAUAAAUCUGAUAUCCAAAACAAUUAAUGUCCUGAGAACAAAAUGAAAAUGAUUGCUACACUUUGAAAUCUGUAGUUUGCUUGCGGUUUUUAAUCAUAAUUUGGAAAGUCAUUAGGCAGUGUUGCGGCAUAUCAUUUUCUCUGAGGUAUAAAUAUAUUUUGAAAUGACCUUGCUGUAGACCAUAAAAAGUCUGGAACCUAUGGUCUCUUCAUGAUUAUUUAUUUCUGCUUUGUACUGAGCCUUCAUUUCGUGUAUUCAUCUGAGCUGGCUCCUAAAAUUAUUAGAUCAUAGUGUCUUCAGACUUUUAUUUGUCAAAUGAAAUGACAAUUCACUGUCUCUACAGUCCGUAAAAAGGGUGUAAAGAUUAGACUUUGGGUUUGUGAAGUCUGUUUUUUUUAAACAUUAACAUUUCCAAAAACUGUUUGGUCAGGGAUUUAACCCUUUAAGUUACUAAUUUGUAAAGUGCCAGGCAAUAGUGUUUUAUAGAGCAACUUCCAUGGUCUCCUAGACCCCAUUUUAAUUGUUUCAUGAAAAGGAAGGCAGAAAUACUGCUGCUUUUGUUUCUUAUCCUCUGGCAUUUCUUGCUAAUUCAGUGACUACCCUUAUACAAGUGAGCUCAGGGCCAUUUUCUUUUUGGAAAGGAAGCUUUCUUACUUUGUGGUCCAGUAUUUCAUUAUACCUUAAUCUACAAUACCACCUGUAAAAUUACCCUAAUUUCAAAUUCAUUUUGUCACUUUCAUAUGUAAUGGUUGAAAAUGUCUGUGGGUGGAAUACAAUGUAGAAAAAGGUUUCCAUGCCCAAUAAAAUAGUUGAAUCUA